AUGGCGGACGAGGUGGAUCAGCAACAAACUACCAACACUGUAGAAGAGCCUUUGGAUCUCAUCAGGCUUAGUCUUGAUGAACGGAUUUAUGUAAAAAUGAGGAAUGACCGAGAACUUCGAGGCAGGUUACAUGCAUAUGACCAGCAUUUAAAUAUGAUUUUGGGUGAUGUUGAAGAGACUGUGACCACAAUAGAAAUUGAUGAAGAAACUUAUGAAGAGAUUUAUAAGUCUACCAAGAGGAAUAUUCCAAUGCUGUUUGUCAGAGGAGAUGGAGUUGUAUUGGUUGCUCCUCCACUGCGGGUUGGCUGACACUGCAGGUCACUGUGGGUUAUUGGACUUCCAAGAUAUUAACUCUCACUCUCUCUAAGUAUUAGGACUAUCCAAUAUUUUACAGGAGAAUUCCCAAUCCUGAUUAUGUAUUCCAAAAGUUUAUGUUUAUUUGGCAAAUUUGACUUCUUUUCUUCCUCUUGGAGCAAUUCAGUGUCAUCAAAUCAGUGGAUUUUCUUGUUUAGUUAAUACCUGUGUUCCCUGUGUACAUUUUUAAAUAAACCAAUUCACUUAUUUUGUA